UGGUGUAGAGAAGGAGGAUCCUGGCAUUUGGAGGGGCUGAAGUGAUGGAGUGGGUGGAGAGACAGACGGAGGGAAACCCUUGGGCAGCAUCUUCCACUCCAUUGCCACCCUCUCACACUGCUUAACUGGAGCAAGAUCUGUUCUUCCUUCACUCAGUGAUGAGACAGUUUGGCUAUGAUGUCAGGGGGUGUGUGCGUGUCAGCGAUGGACCUGAAGGAGGGCUGUGGAAGCGAGGCCAGCCGUGAGACCGAGAGCGGAGGCAUGGGGAGCCUGGGAGGCCCCACGUCUUGGCAGUCCUUCGCCCAUCGCAGCACCCUGCACGGUUUACGCUUCAUCUUCCCCUACUCUUCCUCCUCCUCUCACCGCUCCACUUCACGCCGUCUGCUCUGGAGCGCGGCCUUGCUGGCCAGCCUGGUUCUGCUCGUCCUGGAGAGCACAGAGAGGCUGGCUUACUUCCUCUCGUACCCCCACGUCACGAGUGUGGAUGCUGUGGUUUCUGGCAGCCUAGUGUUUCCCGCCGUCACCGUCUGCAAUCUGAACGCCUACCGUUUCACACGUCUCACGCAGAACGACCUCUACCACGCUGGGGAACUGUUGGCCCUGCUGGACGUGCAUCUGCAGAUCCCUGAGCCGCACCUGGCCGAGCCCCACGUGCUGGCCUUUCUCACAGAUAAAUCCAACUUCACUAACUACCGGCCCAAGCCCUUCAGCAUGCGGGAGUUCACUGAACGAGUGGGCCACGACCUGAAGGAGAUGAUGCUCUACUGCCGUUUCCAGGGCCAGGAGUGCAACCACCAAGACUUCAAAACG